AUGUCGCGAGAAGAACAGCGAAACCAGGAGGCAACCGUCUACAUCGGCAACCUUGACGAACGAACCACAGACUCAAUCAUCUAUGAACUGAUGCUCCAGGCCGGUCCAGUCGUGAAUAUUCACCUCCCGAAGGACAGAAUUAGCCAAUCCCACCAAGGCUACGGCUUCGCCGAAUUCCAAACCGAAGCAGACGCAGACUACGCCGUAAAAAUCAUGAACCAAAUCCGACUCUAUGGAAAGCCGAUCCGCGUCAACAAAGCCUCUUCCGACGCCAAGAAAUCCGCUGCAGCCGAUAUCGGUGCAGAACUAUUCAUCGGAAACCUGGACGCACUCGUCGAUGAGAAGGUGUUGUACGACACUUUCUCAUCCUUCGGAACACUCAUCGCGACACCCAAAAUCGCACGAGACGAAGCCGGUGCGUCAAAGUGUUUCGGAUUCGUCUCUUAUGACAAUUUCGAAUCCGCCGACGCAGCAAUCGAAGGCAUGAACAACCAAUUCCUCAUGAACAAAUCAAUCACAGUAACCUACGCAUUCAAAAAGGACAACAAGAGUGAACGACACGGGACAGAGGCAGAACGGAUGUUGGCGACACAGGCGAGGAAAAAUAAUAUGCUACCUGCUCCAGCACAGAAUCCUGCGACGAUGUUUGCGGGUAUUGCUGCUCCACUCACGGUGGGUGGACCACAACCGCCUAUGCCGUCUGGGUUCCCGGGUGGGCCGCCAGGGUUCGCACCGAAUGCCGCAGCAGGAGGAACACCACUCAACCCAAUGGCACCAGGCUUUAUCCCUUCUGGCCCUCCUGCAGGAUUCCCAGCCGCACCUGUACCGCCACCAGGUUAUGGAGCUCCUCCUCCUGGGUUCGGUGCUCCUGGUGGGUAUCCUGGUAUGGCACCACCAGCACCACCAGCAGGCUUCGGAGCACCACCGAUGCCAGGAUACGGUGGGUACCCAGGCAUCCCAAUGCAGCAGGGGUUCCCGGGUGGGCCGCCGGGUUUUGGGGGGCAUCCUGGGUAUGGUCGUUGA